AUCAGUGAUUAUCACUCUCAUUCAACUCUCAAAUCACUCACUCCCCGAUUCUCGUCGCUCCUUUCAUACUCAUUAUUUUCUAUUUUUCUUAUUUUGUUUUAGUUUUGUUCAUCACGAUGAAGUAUCUUGCGAUCUUCGCGGCAGCAGCAGCUGGACUGGCCCGCCCGACAGCAGCGCACUACAUCUUCAGCAAGCUGAUUCUGGACGGCGAAGUCUCUGAGGACUGGCAGUAUAUUCGUAAAACCACCCGGGAGACAUGCUAUUUGCCGACCAAGUUCACCGACACCUUCGACAACUUGACUCCGAACGACCAGGAUUUCCGGUGCAAUCUCGGCUCGUUCAGCAACGCCGCCAAGACCGAAGUGGCCGAGGUGGAAGCGGGCUCCACGAUUGGCAUGCAGCUUUUCGCUGGUAGCCACAUGCGUCACCCGGGACCUGCGCAAGUCUUCAUGUCUAAGGCCCCGUCCGGCAACGUACAGAGCUACGAGGGUGACGGCUCCUGGUUCAAGAUCUGGGAGCGUACACUCUGCGACAAAAGUGGCGAUCUGACUGGAGAUGCGUGGUGUACAUACGGCCAGACCGAGAUCGAGUUUCAAAUCCCCGAGGCGACCCCGACGGGCGAAUACCUGGUCCGAGCGGAGCACAUCGGUCUUCACCGCGCACAGAGUAAUCAAGCCGAGUUCUACUACAGCUGCGCCCAGGUCAAGGUCACGGGCAAUGGUACCGGGGUGCCGAGCCAGACAUAUCAGAUCCCUGGCAUGUACAAUGACCGCUCGGAGCUUUUCAACGGGCUGAACUUGUGGUCCUACUCGGUGGAGAACGUCGAGGCAGCCAUGAAGAAUUCUAUCGUGGGUGAUGAAAUUUGGAAUGGAAGUUCUGUUCCCUCUGAGUCCCAUGUCCCGAAGUAUAAGAAGAGUCAUGCUUGUCGUGUUUAUUGAGAGAGAGGUGGUACUGGAAACAUUGCUAGGCCUCGCCAUGGGUUGGUCUGGUUUGGGUCUAAUAUUGGAACGAACCUAUACUUUUCCGCAGGUAGG